UUGUUGGGGUCACCCCUCCGCUCCGGGAUGACCGCGGUACCCCAGCAUUACGGAGCCACGCUGCCUAGACAGAGUCAGUCACUGGCCUACGGAGCUGACCCGUAUGGCUUGUACCAAAGGAGUGCCCUGCCACGCCCUGACAGCCUUAUAGGCCUUCACAGUUCAUACGCCAGUCAGUCUGGCCAGAUUGACCCGGAGCUGAGGGCAGCGUUGUCUCCAGAUUCUCACAUGACGCCAGUUUUCGAUGACCACACUUUCCACAGCCCCUUGUAUCACAGCCCCACCCAAGAACUACAAGGCUCGGUCUACGGGACAGGUGCAGGUGUGGGGACACUCCGUCGAGCCACAAGCCACUGCAGCACUCUGCCGUACCAAAGAAGCAGCUACGGGCUAAACAAUGCCACCGUAUACGUCGACUCCUUCAGGAUCCCCGGCGAGCCGCUCUACUCGCAUCAGCACUCUGAGCUGGUUGAGCGGAUGGUCACCCGCACUCCAUCCAUUGAAAGCAUCCACAAAGACCCCAGGGAAUUUGCGUGGCGAGACCCUGAGCUGCCAGAGGUCAUCCACAUGCUACAGCACCAUUUCCCAUCCGUGCAGGCCAAUGCAGCCGCUUAUUUACAGCACCUUUGUUUUGGAGAUAACAGGGUCAAAGUGGAGGUCUGUCACCUAGGAGGUAUCCAGCACCUGGUGGAUUUGCUGGACAACAAGGCAGCAGAAGUACAGAAAAGUGCCUGUGGGGCCUUGAGGAACCUUGUGUAUGGGAAAGCCACAGACAACAACAAGGUGGCGUUGAGGAACUGUGGUGGAGUCCCUGCGCUGCUCCGCCUCCUCAGAAAGACAACAGACAACGAAGUCCGUGAACUGGUGACUGGGGUCCUCUGGAACCUCUCCUCUUGCGACGCGGUGAAGAUGACCAUCAUUCGGGAUGCUUUGACCACACUGACCAACACGGUGGUCAUCCCCCACUCAGGGUGGAGUAGCUUGUCACACCGUGAACAACACAAGAUCAAGUUUCAAUCCUCUCUACUGCUACGGAACACCACCGGAUGUCUGAGGAACCUGAGCUCGGCUGGAGAGGAGGCCAGAGGUCAGUUGCGUUGCUGUGAGGGUCUGGUGGACUCACUGCUCCACAUUCUCAAAGCCUGUGUCAAUACCUCGGACUAUGACAGCAAGAUUGUAGAGAACAGCGUGUGCACACUGAGGAACCUUUCAUAUCGGCUGGAGGUAGAGAUGCCAUCCUCUCGGCUCCUUGGCAACCAGGAGCUCGACACCCUCCUGGGGUUCUCCACAGCUAAGGAACUGGACUACAUCUGCUGGGGGAAGAGGAGGCGUGGGAGGAAGAGGACAGACUGGCCAGAUGAAAAACAGUGGGACGCCAGCGGACCCAUUCCAGGCUUUUCCCAGGCUCUGAGGGGUGCCGAGCUACUGUGGCACCCAUUGGUGGUCAAACCAUACCUCAACUUGCUGGCUGAAAGCUCAAACUCUGCCACGCUCGAGGGGGCUGCGGGAUCACUCCAAAAUCUAUCUGCAGGAAAUUGGAAGUUCUCAACCUACAUCCGAGCAGCGGUGCGCAAGGAGAAAGGUUUGCCCAUCCUGGUAGAGCUGCUGAGGAUGGACAACGACCGUGUCGUCUGCUCUGUCGCCACUGCCCUGCGCAACAUGGCGCUCGACGGACGCAACAAGGAGCUUAUAGGAAAGUACGCCAUGCGGGAUCUGAUAAACCGGCUGCCUGGCGGAAAUCCAUCUGUGUUGUCGGACGACACAGUGGCGUCCGUUUGUUGCACCCUGCACGAGGUCACCAGCCGCAACAUGGAGAACGCCAAAGCUCUGGCUGACAGCGGCGGCAUCGAGAAACUGGUGGAAAUCAGCAAAGGGAGAGGCAAAGGGUAUUCAAUGAAGGUUAUGAAAGCAGCUGCUCAGGUGUUGAACACACUGUGGCAGUACCGAGAGCUGAGGAGCCUCUACAAACAGGACGGCUGGAACUACACUCACUUUGUCACACCGGUCUCCACUUUGGAGCGAGACCGCUACCGCUCGCAGCCGACACUCCCCACCAGCCCCAUACACAUGCCUCCGGUCAUCCAGUCUGGUGGGAGCGCGACAUCCUCACCGGCGAUGCUCGGGAUCAGGAGGCACAGCUCAAACUACCCUAGAGCGCAGUCGUCUAUGCAACUCGACACUUACUACGGGGAUAACAGUUUACACAAACAUCAGUACACAGGCUCAGAGAAGAAAAGUGCUUAUUUCAUCGGCACGUACAGCUCACAUUCUGGAGACGAGCUGAGAAGGACCCAGCACCCGGAGCCAUUCUACGAUGAACCAGAUAGGAAAAACUACAACAGACUUUACCUUUCGUCGCCACAAGGCUAUGGAACAGACCAGUACGAUGACGACCCGGUCCACUUGACCCCGUCUUCACCAGAUGGCUACGUCAGCCAGCCGAUCUCGUUCAAAAGCAACACCAACUAUGUGGACUUCUACUCCACCACACGGAGGCCUUCCAACAGGGCCAACAAGUUCACAGGAUCUCCCGACUCAUGGGUGUGA